CUUUGAAAGAGGACCUGCUACUGUGCCGUCUUUGUGUGUUGACAUCUGCGGGGGACUGAGAGUGUUUGAAUGGAUAUUACCAGGUGCACGGAGAAAUGGGAGAGGCCUCCGACAUCCUCCAUAAUGCUGUCUAGCAAGAAAUCCGAUGCUGGCUCCUCUUCCUCCUCCUCCUCGUCGUCUGUUGGAGCAGCAGGGGGUGACAGGGCCCCUGGUUCUGAUGCCCAGACCGGUCCUUCAGCUUCGGCUGCAGCAUCCAUGGAUCCUAAGAAGAGGGAGAGGUCGUCCCCUAGUGGGGAAGCAGGAGGAGCUCCUUUGCCCCACCAGUCAGGGCCUGGGGGGGCAGAGCAGGAUGCGGCUGAAGUCCGUAGGACGAGUCGACGCAAGCGAGCAAAAGUGGAGUACCGCGAGAUGGACGAAAGCCUGGCCAAUCUAUCGGAGGAUGAAUACUACUCUGAGGAGGAGAGGAACGCCAAGGCAGAGAAAGAAAGGAAGCAGGUAAUUCCUCCUCCAGCUCCACCGCCAGAGGAAGAGAAUGACAGUGAACCGGAGGAACCAUCUGGAGUUGAAGGAGCUGCUUUCCAAAGUCGUCUUCCUCACGAUCGUAUGACUUCCCAGGAGGCCGCCUGCUUCCCUGACAUCAUCAGUGGUCCCCAGCAGACUCAGAAGGUCUUCCUGUACAUCCGCAACCGUACACUCCAACUCUGGCUGGACAAUCCUAAAGUUCAGCUGACAUUUGAGGCAACAGCACAGCAGCUUGAAGCUCCAUACAAUAGUGAUGCUGUUCUGGUCCACAGGAUACACAGCUACUUAGAAAGGCAUGGUCUUAUCAACUUUGGAAUUUACAAGAGACUCAAGCCUUUACCCACUAAGAAGACUGGAAAAGUUAUAGUCAUUGGUGGAGGUGUGUCUGGCCUUGCUGCAGCCAGGCAGCUACAGAGCUUUGGGAUGGAUGUUACAGUACUGGAAGCCCGGGACCGUGUGGGAGGCAGAGUGGCCACAUUUAGGAAGGGCAAUUAUGUUGCAGACCUGGGAGCCAUGGUAGUGACGGGACUGGGGGGGAAUCCUAUGGCGGUGGUCAGUAAGCAGGUCAACAUGGAGCUGGCCAAGAUCAAACAGAAGUGUCCACUGUAUGAAGCCAAUGGCCAGGCUGGUGAACGAUGCACAAGUGUACCAAAAGAGAAAGAUGAGAUGGUUGAGCAGGAGUUCAACCGACUCCUGGAGGCCACCUCUUACCUCAGCCACCAACUGGACUUUAAUUUCCUCAACAACAAACCAGUUUCCUUGGGACAGGCCCUGGAGGUGGUCAUACAGCUGCAGGAGAAGCAUGUAAAAGACGAGCAGAUAGAACACUGGAAGAAGAUCGUAAAGACGCAGGAAGACCUGAGGGAUCUUCUCAAUAAGAUGGUGACCACGAAGGAACGGGUGAAGGAGCUCCAUCAGCAGUACAAGGAAGCAAGUGAAGUCAAGCCACCCAGAGAUAUCACGGCCGAGUUCCUCGUGAAGAGCAAGCACCGCGACCUUACAGCGCUUUGCAAAGAGUAUGAUGAGUUGGUGGAGAUGCAGGUCAAGCUGGAGGAGAAGCUGCAGGAGCUGGAGGCCAACCCACCGAGCGAUGUUUACCUGUCGUCCAGGGAUCGGCAGAUUCUAGACUGGCACUUUGCCAACCUGGAGUUUGCCAACGCUACACCCCUCUCCACCCUGUCUCUCAAGCAUUGGGAUCAGGACGAUGACUUUGAGUUCACUGGCAGCCACCUAACUGUAAGAAAUGGCUACUCGUGCGUUCCCGUGGCCCUGGCUGAAGGGUUGGACAUCAAACUGAACACAGCAGUGCGGCAGGUCCGAUACACGGCGUCCGGCUGCGAGGUGAUAGCGGUCAACACGCGCUCCACGACCCAGACCUUCAUAUACAAGUGUGACGCCGUGCUGUGCACUCUGCCUCUCGGCGUGUUGAAGCAGCAGCCUCCCGCCGUCCAGUUCGUCCCCCCGCUGCCAGAGUGGAAGACGUCGGCUAUACAGAGGAUGGGCUUCGGCAACCUCAACAAGGUGGUGCUGUGUUUCGACCGCGUUUUCUGGGACCCAAGCGUCAACCUGUUCGGUCACGUCGGCUCCACCACUGCAAGUCGGGGCGAACUCUUCCUCUUCUGGAACCUUUACAAAGCUCCGAUCCUGCUCGCUCUGAUGGCUGGUGAGGCCGCCGGCAUCAUGGAGAACAUCAGCGAUGACGUGAUCGUGGGACGCUGCCUGGCCAUUCUCAAAGGAAUAUUCGGGAGCAGCGCCGUGCCGCAGCCAAAGGAAACUGUGGUCACCCGCUGGCGUGCCGACCCCUGGGCGAGGGGCUCCUACUCGUACGUCGCGGCAGGUUCUUCGGGGAACGACUACGACCUCAUGGCGCAGCCCAUCACACCUGGGCCGGCGAUACCGGGAGCCUCACAGCCCGUCCCUCGCCUCUUCUUCGCCGGCGAGCACACCAUCAGAAAUUACCCGGCCACAGUCCACGGCGCCCUGCUCAGCGGCCUCCGGGAGGCCGGACGCAUCGCCGAUCAGUUCCUGGGCGCCAUGUACACGCUCCCCCGACAAGCCACUCCCACGGCCACCAGCAACCCUCCGCAGGCUCAGCCCACCGCCAGCGCCUAAAAGAAAAAAAGGGGCUCGGGACUUUUCCACCACCUUUUUGGGGUUUUUUUGUUUUUUUGUUUUUUUUUUUCGGUUUACGAAGAAAUAUAAAGGUUCAACUAUAAACUGGUGACGUCUCUGCAUGUGAAACAUCUCAGAAGUCCCUUUUUUUUUUGCCUUCAGGCUGAAACGACGACGCAUCUAGAGUUUAUUUUCUGGGCUGUAUGUGUGAUGUGAAAUUUCUCCUGACUUUUAGGACUCUGAAAAUAAACACACAGUAUAUACGUUUAACUCACGGGGACGGUCGAAAAUAUCUGGGCUGCCGGCGAGAAUCAAUUCAAAUUUUAUUACAUGCCGAUGUAAUAAUCCGUACUAACCUGUAUAAAUAACUGAUUUCAGAAACAAAAGCAUGGCACUACUUUUGGUACUCGGAGUGUUGCUCAAAGCCAAACAUUUAUUUAUGUGCCCUGCCCUGGUGUGAAGUUUAAGGCAUGGCUGAAAACUUGUUCACUAAAUGUACACGCAACCUAAAAAAAAAAAGGAAAAAAAAAAGCAGGCGUCCAGAUGGCCGACUCAGCAGAACAGUCCUGCCCCACUGAACGGGUUUAGCUUUUCAAAACAAGAGACUCGUACCCUGUUGUUUUGGUUGUCUUAAGGCUGAAAUUAUCGCUAUUUACUGUAGCUGAAUGCCUCUCAAAUUUAAUUUCUGUCAAUUAGGUUGUAGUGGAAAUAGUUUGUAUUAAAAGGUGAACAGAUGUUGAAAGAAUUGUGAAUGUUUUUUUGUUUGUUUUUUUGUUACCAUAGUGGUUUAAGUAUUUUAUUAUGGUUGUCAACACUUUUUCAUUUUUUUUUUUUUUUUUUUUUAUAUGG